AUGUUCGCCUCUACCAAACUCGCCUCUUCAGCCCUGCGCGUCAGCGUCACGCAGCAAUCCCGACGCAUGUUGUCCACGCCGCGAGGAGCGGCCCCUCUUCGAAGCUCCAUCGCCCGCCAGCCCAUCGCUCGCAAUGGUCUGAUCCAGUCGAACGGCCACAAUGCCUUCGUCACCCACUCGCUCCGCAACACCGCCCAGUCCCGCGGCAUCACCGCCGAGACGACUACAGGUGCCAUUGUAAUGGCAGCAAAACUGCAAGGCGCGGGUCUGGCUACAGUAGGCCUAGCUGGUGCGGGCGUGGGCAUUGGAGCUGUGUUCGCCGCGUUGAUUAUAGGUGUGAGCAGGAAUCCGUCGAUGAGAGGACAGCUGUUCCAGUACGCCAUUAUGGGGUUCGCGUUUGCUGAGGCUCAGGGGCUGUUUGCUAUGAUGAUUACGUUUUUGAUGUUGUAUGCAUAUUGA